AGCAUGAUUCAGUAAACAUAUAUUUAUUUGUUCUCGGUUAUUUAACAUAAUAAGAUUUGAAGAUAAUUGUAUUAUAUAAUACUAAAAUAAAGUCACACCGUAUACAGAUUAUACUGUGAGAAAAUUAGAAUUGAUUUUAAAACGAGUACAGUAUACAAUUAUUGAAUUAUGGAUACAAAGUUUAAAAGGAUUAUGGAAAUAGCCUUAAAAUCAAAAGAAUUUUAAGAGAGGCAAAAUGUCUCAAGAAAUAAGUUGAAAAGGCGAAAAAAUCAAUGUCUACCAUCAUUAAUAAUAUAUGAGAUUGUAUGGAAAUGGGAUUGAACGCACGUGUGGUGUAGACGCUAGGAUAUUAGGGACGGAGUUUGGCAUUUUAUCUCAAAGAUUACGUAAAAAUGUUAUGUCAACACGGAUGAGCCUUUGGAUUGUGAAAAUACUUAACUUUAUCAAUAAUAAACGGGCGAUAGGAGGCCACCGGGAAUUUGACGACCAAUUACCAUAUAUGAUACGUUAACAUAUUGUCGAUAAGAAUAGAUCAAGUGACCGCAUCGAUCCGAAUUUUGAAAACGAAAAUAUGCAAGAAGAUUUUAAUGAAUUACUCUUAAGUGCAUUCGUUUUGUGAUCUUUUUUUUUACUUUCUUGUAAAACCAAAGGAAUUCAGCAAUGUCAGGAAAUGUAUGCCCGUCUGCAUCUGGACAAACAGGCAGACGACAAUGAGAACAAUGUAUCUCCAUUUCCGCUUUUAAGAGGACACACUGUUAUCAAUCAAACACGCCCAUUAACGUACUCAUUGCGCAAGUCUGCAAAAUCCUUACGGCCAUAUUCGAUUCGAUCUGCACCCGCGUUUAUGUUUAAAAACGAACAAAGUCUAGAAAAGAGUAAAGAAAAAAGUGAUAAUGAUGGUGCAAGAAGUGAGAGCACUGACUAUGAUUGUGAUGAACAUGGUUACGGUAGGAAAAGAACUAGAAUGGAUCCCGACAGUCUUUGUGAACACUUAAAACAACGAGGGCUUGGUUUACCUUCACUUGUAAAAUCCGCGUCAACAUACAGGCGUGUUACCCAGGCACCUCCGCGGGGCAUGCGCAGCAGAUCACUUCCAAGAAAUCCCUCAAAAAGAGAAAAGAUAAAAGGUCGGGCCAGACUUGAUCAAGAAAUGGCAAACAUGAAAGCGCUUGCAUUUUGUGAACAGCAAGCUCCUAAAGUAUUUCGGACUGCUUCGGCAAAUAUGAAAAACCGAGAUGUUCAGUUUAUGGAGGAAGACUUCCGGGAACAUAUGCAGCGUGACGGCUUAGAUGUUUUCAUAGAGGACGAUAUUGACGAUGAUAACGCUAGUAUAGCAAGGAUGCCCGUGAAACAAGAAGAACUUUUUGUGCGUAUUAAUACAUGGGUGGAAGAAGUUGAAACUUCGUGUAAGGUUUACCAUAAUCAUGUUGAAGAAACUGAGACUAGCUAAACUAGCAAUAACAAAACUAAGUGUAAGCAUGGAUGUAACGUGAACUAUGUGAUAUGUGAUGUAAGAAGUUUAUAGUAAAUACAGAAACUGAACGAAGCGUUUAAGAAAAGUGCUUUAACUAUUGUAUGCAUAUGCUGAUUUCUAACUGGUGUUGCAUAGCAAUUUUCAAAACAAAAACAUUGUGUUCGGAAAUCAGGAACUUGAUUCAUAUUAAGUAGUAUAUUGAGAUUCUUUACUUCUAGAUCUAAAUAAUAUUUAUAAUGAUAUACAUCUUCAAAAGAUUCUUAAAAUUGUGUAAUAAAUGCUCAAGUUCCCGAAAAUGUACAAAAUAUUACUGGUCAUGAAAAUAAAACGUAAAGAAAAA